AUGUGGUCGACCAAAAAUUAUAAAAAACUUACUUUCAAACAGUAUUUUAAUCGCCGUAUUUUAUACAUUGGCAUUAUUGUAUAUCUCUUAGUCUGGCUUAUUAUUUUUCGAUCUACCUCAUGGCCAACAUCUCCAUCAAACCUUGAUAUAUUUCUGAGUACCACAAUAUGUGGUCGUCUUAUUCAACAAUCAAAUUUAGCAUUAACAACAAAUGAAUUGACACAAUUAGAAAAUCAGAUAGAAACAUAUUUUUCGUUUCCAAAAGAUUGUACUCUAUUCACAAGUCAAACAAUAAUUUCACCUGAAGAAUUAACAUAUCCUUUAGCUUUCACUAUUCUUAUCUAUUCAAAUCUUGAUCAAUUUGAUUUUC